GCCGAUCGCCUGCUUGAUAAAGGUGUAUCAGUUCGCAAGCGCGUGAUUCGCUGCCUUCGAGAACUGCUAAACAGGACUGAAUGGUCUGUCUCUUACAAACCAUCCGAGGGUGCUAAGGACAAAGUUUCGCACUGCUAUAAUGGACUCAGUAUUUCUCACGUCAAUGAUGCUUGCUUGCGUUUGAUUCGUCGUAUACAUGACGAAGAUUCUGUCAAAAAACUUGUACUUGAACUAUUUCAAGAUUUAUGGUUUGCUCCGGUCACUGAACCUGCUGAGGGCUUGAUCAAAUUUAGAAUCGCUUGUAUUUGUGAUGCUGUUCUGGCCCUCAGGUCAACAAACUUUCAGCUACUGGAUGACUUCUUUAAAGCGGUAAUUUGUGAUCACUUAUCGGACCAGUUUUCUUAA